GACGAUUGGUAAACCCAGGGUUUUUAUAAAAUGGACUGUGACCCACACCAUACCCCUGUGGCAGACAGGUAUCCCAAGCAAGUAUCCGUAUACUACUUUGCCAUUAUUUAUUUCCUCAGCAUGUCGCAUCUUAACACACCAAUUUCCCACAACGUUGUACCCAUCAGCCCGCAGGCAAUCGUUUUCCAAGCACCAAAGCAAAAGGACAAGAGGCCCCUCUACAUUGCACUCUUUUUCCUCGCUGCUGCACUAGUCACUUUGGGUCUGAUGGGCUACUUUAUUAGCCGGAUGCUUGAAGCAGAUAGGACAGGCACAUACAUAACUGGAUGGGGUCACCACAUUUUUAGCAACAGCAGAUCGUACUACGAGGCACGUGUGGGCAUAAAUGCAUCGGUCGCUGGAAUUUGUCUGAUAUUAGCAAUAAUCUAUCUCGUAAAGUACAAAAGAUCCUAGUUCGUGUUUCAGUCCAACAGCAUGUAAAUUCAUAGCAUCAGGUUUUGCCAAUACAUUCCUUAGCAGCAU